AUGUUCAAGCUUCCGAUGCUCCUGGGCACCACCGUGGUGGUGGCCCUUCUCCUGGUCUCCGGCGGCGCCCAGGCCGAGGCCUCCCUGUGCCGCCAGAGCGGGUACUUCGCACUUGUGGAUAACACGCCCGAGUUCUAUGCCUGCCGCGCAUCUCCUGCCGGAGGCUUCUCUCUGCAAUUCAUGCGCUGCUCGGCCGGCAGCGUCUUCAGCUCCAAGGCUGGCCACUGCACAGAAGUGGCAGACCUGUCACUAUUGGCACGCGAUGAUGGCAACAUUGAGAAUCCGACGAUCCCUCCCAGCAAUGUGGAUGAUAGUUCCUCGAAGAAGCCGGCUGAGGUAACCACACCUACGCCGGUCCCUACCGCCGCACCCUUUACUGACAUCCCAGAGAACACCACUGAUGCACCGAUCAGUACUGAUGAUGUCUCUACCGAUGAUCCUUCGACUGAUGAGCCCUCUUCAGAUACCACAGAGAAGCCGGCUGAUGUGACCACUGAUUCGCCGAUCUCUACCGAAGAUCCUUCUUCAGAGAGCACGGAGAAGCCGGCAGAGGGAACCACUGGGUCCGACUCGACCGACUCCAGCGACUCAACCGAUGAUGGGUCCACCACUGCCGCCACCCCCAUACUCGAUUGUCCCACAAUAGGCUUCUUCCCCAUGGAUGAAAACUGCGGCGAGUUCAUCAUUUGCUUCCAAAAUGGCAAUCAUCUACAGGCCGCCAGCUUCAAGUGUCCCGAGGGUAUGCAGUUCAAUCCCGAACUUUCCUUCUGCGUCGCCGAUUUCGACUGCACCGCCUAG